GCCUCGCAGUCUCUCGGAUGUCACGCCUUUCCCUCCACCGCUACUACACACAGGCGAAGGAGGCAUCUCUCUCACCACCGCCACAGAACUGGGCGGGAACGGCGCGCGACGAGGCAAACACGGCAGCGCGUCGAUACACGGACGACAUUGGGCACAGGCGCGACGUUAACCUUUUACCAAAAAAACCUUCCGAAGCGAAAUCAGUAAGGCCCUGAUUGAUACCUGUGUGUCUGCUUCUGAUAUUCACUUCAGCCUAAUUCUUCCUCCAGGUAGCCCAUUCGCGUUUAUUUAACUGCCUCCGACGCAUCCUUGUCUUUUUCCUCACCUGUUUUUUUUUUUCAACCGCAAACGCAUCAGCACCGCCGUCUCUGGGAAUUCAAGCAAGCUGUUCCAUUGCGUUUUUCUCUCGGCCUUGGGGAUGACUUCGAUCCUUUGAAGCGAAGAUAUGAAAAUGUAAGCGGCAGACGUGUACGAAUGAUGUUGAUGUAUGUUUUGCUGUAUGGGGAAAAUGCCAUUUUUCAUGCGUAACAUACGUGGUUGGUCGCCUUUCCCGCGUCUGAUUGUCGACAAGCUUCAGCCCAAUACAAGAUAGACGCAGACUGUGUUGUAUGUGUUUCCCACAUCUCCACAGUGUCUAGCGUUUUAAAUAAUACAGCAACCUUAUUUUUGUGUCGAUACCGUGGCUUCCACUAGCCUAUUUCGGUAUAUGAGGUAGAUGUAGUGGUCUUCGUUUUUUUGUCAUUCUGGCUAGGAUGGGCCCUAGUUACAAGGCUUUCAGGGCUGGGGUGUUGACGCGUACGUUCUGAAGUGGGAGAGAGAGGGGUAAAAAGACUGCUGCAUGGCCAUGUUCACGGUUUAAACCCCAUCUCUGACUGACGCUUUCUGAGAUGCUGCUGUUUGUUUGCACCUGGGCGACCUGUGACAUACUGGAGUAAUUUUUGAUUAUUAAUUCUCUGAAUAUAUCGACCGAGGUCAGUUACACGGACGGAGCCAACGCUGAACUAUUGCCUUGGUGGUGUAUGCUAUAUUUUUUUUAUUGGGGCGCGUGGUAAUGGACGUUCAACGUCGUCCCCGGUGAUUCCACGGCGGGGAGGGGGGUCCUUUUUUCCUCUUCCUCGUUUUUUUUCUAUUCACAGCCUUGACGCGCCCCCAUUUUUGUAUUCUUUACAGAAAGCGCAAUAUAGCCUAUGCUCCUUACAACAUUAUCAACUUGCUGUUUUUGUUCAUUCAUUUUGCAUUGACUUCAAUUGGGAUAGUCCGUUAUAUCCACAAGAUCUCAACAGCACUCUCCUAUCUCUGGCAUCGUGGGGUUUUUUUGGUAACGCAACACUCGCCUCACACGCCAAAGCUCAACAGUUCGCCGGUGUGGCGCUGGUUGUAGUGGUGGUGAUGGUGGUGUAGCAGUAGUGGAGAUGCCAAUCGCCGUUGCAGCCAGCCUCAAAGCCCAGCACCAGAAACGGCACACAGACAGCGGCACAGUCGCUGACAUGCUUGGCGGUCAAGUGUUUAGCCGGAGCUGCGUUGCUACCGAAGUAAGUGGCUGGCUCAGAAGACGGGCUUUAAAAUCCUAACACCUGACACGGAAUACCACCUAUUAGCCUGCAACAGUGUUAGACCCGUAUCGCAGUCGGCGUUACUAACUGGAUUACAACACAACGACGCGAUUUGCCUGUUCGUUUGCUGGGAUUUUUAAAAAAGGUUUCUGUGCGAAAACAUACCAGUAUGCCAUUUUCAACGUGAGGACACACGCGCACAAUGUGGAAUGCUCAGCCGUGACGGCAGCUAGGUCUGUUUUUUUCGGCUACAGGUCCUGGUUGCUUCACCAUCCCCGAUUUUAUACAUACAUUUAGGCUACGUUGCCGUUAUUUUUCCUCUUCUCUUUUUUUUCACUCGCCGAGUCGCGCGAGCGUGGGCCCGCCUGGAAGAUGGCUGCUUAUUAAUUUUUAAUCUUUAUGCAUCGGCGCGAAGCAGCAGAGAGGAGAGCCCAUCAUCCGAGCAGAGCCCAGCGAAAGGAAAACAGCGGACAGACAGGGGACGAGAGAAGGAGGGAAGGAAAGAGGAGGAGGAGGGACGGGAGGAAGGCGACGGAGGAGAGGAAAGGAGAGGAGAGGAAAGGAGGGAGACCUAGAUGGAUGAAAUGAAGUAGCGGCUACAUGUGAACGCGGCGGACGCAAGGGGAUUCUUCGGUAAAGGUUCUAGAGUUCUGUCACAACAAGAGGGAGGGUCUCUUGACCCCGCCCACUAACCCCUGGCCACCCCCACCCAUCGCCAUGGCGCUCUCGCUAUGGUUACUGUGGGUGUGUCUCGCCACCCUGCACAGCGUAGGCCCCUCGGAACAAGGCAUGAGUCGCGCGGCCAUGCCGUUCGGCCUGAUGCGUCGUGAGCUGGCGUGCGAGGGCUACCCCAUCGAGCUGCGCUGUCCAGGAAGUGACGUCAUCAUGAUCGAGACGGCCAACUACGGCCGCACCGACGACAAGAUCUGCGACGCAGACCCCUUCCAGAUGGAGAAUGUGAAUUGCUACCUGCCCGACGCAUUCAAGAUCAUGUCACAGAGGUGUAAUAACCGUACCCAGUGUGUAGUGGUAGCUGGAGCGGAUGUGUUUCCAGACCCCUGCCCAGGCACCUACAAGUACCUGGAGAUACAGUAUGAGUGUGUCCCUUACAUAUUUGUGUGUCCCGGCACGCUGCUGCGCGUGCAGGACGCCAAGGACUUCCUGGAGGCGGAGCAUCAGUCGGGGGCGUGGUGUAAGGACCCCUUGCAGGCCGGCGAUAGGCUGUACGUUAUGCCCUGGACGCCCUAUAGGACGGACAUGCUCUUUGAGUACGCCUCCUGGGACGACUACCGCCAGGGACGCGUCACCACCACUUACAAGUUGCCAAGCCGCGUGGACGGCACGGGCUUCGUGGUGUACGACGGCGCCGUGUUCUACAACAAAGAGCGCACGCGCAACAUCGUCAAGUACGACCUGCGCACGCGCAUCAAGAGCGGCGAGGCCAUCGUGACGGGGGCCAACUACCACGACACCUCGCCCUACCGCUGGGGAGGCAAGUCCGACAUAGACCUGGCCGUGGACGAGAACGGCCUCUGGGUCAUAUACGCCACGGAGGCCAAUAACGGGCGCCUAGUCGUCAGUCAGGUUAACCCGUACACGCUGCGUUUCGAGGGGACGUGGCAGAGCACCUUCGAGAAACGGCUGGCUUCGGACGCGUUCGUGGCCUGCGGAAUCCUCUACGCCGUGCGCUCCGUUUACCACGACGACGACAGCGAGGCCGGCGGUGACCUCAUCCUGUACGCGUACGACACGCGCCGCAACCGGGCCGAGCCCGUGCGCAUCCCCUUCCCAAACCCCUACCAGCACAUCUCCUCUGUCAACUACAACCCGAGAGAUAACCAGCUCUACGUCUGGAACAACUACAAUGUGCUGAGAUACCCGCUGGAGUUCGCACCCCCGCAACCCACCACCGAGCCCCCUGCCCAGUUCUCCACCACCACCACCCCUCUCUCGGCCCUCUACUCCACCACGCUCUCGCUGGCCUUCAGCCCCACCCCUCCCCGCUCUGGCCCCGCCUCCUCGGCCACCCUGCACCCGGUGGGCGCCAUAAACCGCGCCCCCUCGGCCGUGCGGCCAAUCACGGCCACCGUGCCCCUGCUCACCCAGCGCCCGCCCCUGCUGCUGCGGCCCCAGGGUCCGCGCGUCCCCCAGUGCGAUGGCCGGGUCACGAGGGGCGUGCAGUGGCCUCCGACGCACAGAGGGGAGACCGUGGAGAGACCCUGCCCCAAAGGAUCCCUGGGUAUUGCCUCGUACCAGUGUGUGUAUUCCCCGGUCAUGUGGAGCCCCAGGGGUCCAGAUCUCAGCAACUGCACUUCGCCCUGGGUCAGCCAGGUGGCCCAGAAGAUCAAGAGUGGGGAGAACGCAGCCCACAUCGCGGGCGUGCUGGUCAACCACACCCAGGGGCGUGUCUACGCCGGCGACGUCACUUCCUCCGUGAGGCUGCUGGAGCAGAUGUUGGACAUCCUGGACGCCCAGCUGCAGGCCCUCCGCCCCGGCAACAAGGAGACGGCCGCGCGCAGCUACUCCAAGUUGCAGAAGCGCGACAAGACCUGCAGAAUUUUCAUCCAGGCGAUGGUGAAGACGGUGGAUAAUGUGCUGAAUGCGCUGGAGGCGUGGCAGGACAUGAACAACACGGAGCAGUCCCACACCGCCACCAUGCUAUUGGACGUCGUGGAGAAAGGAGCCUUCCUAUUGGCUAAUAACCUCUACGAACGCAAGUUCAGCGACAGGGCUCCCAAUGUUGAUCUGGAGGUGUACGUGCUGAAUACGGAGGUGGAUCUGCAGGACCUGUCCUUCCCCGACUCCUACGACAGUGACAGCACCAUCCAUCUCUCCUCAAGCACCAUCAAGCAGUACAGCCGCAACGGCCAGGUACGUGUGGUCUUCGCCAUGUUCAAGAACCUGGGCUCCUUCCUGACGACGGAGAACGCGUUGGUACGCAGCGGCGGCGGCGGCGGUAGUGACUCGGGCCUGAGAGGCUCCUCCUCCUCCUCAUCGUCACGGCAACUGGCCGUCAACUCCCACGUCAUCUCCGCAUCCAUGAACAAGGAGUCCAGCAGAGUCUUCCUGACCGAGCCCGUGGUGUUUACACUCAGGCACCUGCAGCUUGAGAACCACUUCAGCCCCAACUGCUCCUUCUGGAACUACUCGGAGCGUUCCAUGACUGGCCAGUGGUCGACUCAAGGCUGCCGCCUGGUGGACACCAACAGUACUCACACCACCUGCUCCUGCAGUCACCUGACCAACUUCGCCCUGCUCAUGACGCUACAGGAACGCAAUGUUCGAGGUCCAAUGGAGGAGCUUCUGCUGGUGGUGGUAACCUGGGUGGGGAUGGUGGUGUCCCUGGUGUGCCUGGCUCUCUGCCUGGCCACCUUCUGUCUGCUGAGGGGACUGCAGAGUGACAGGACCACCAUCCACAAGAACCUCUGCCUCACGCUGCUCGUCUCCCAGCUGCUGAUCCUGUUUGCACGCAUGGAUAAGAUACAAUACCCCGUCCUGUGCCCCGUGCUGGCCGGCAUGCUCCACUUCUUCCUCUUGGCCGUGUUCUGCUGGCUGUGUGCGGAGGCCGUGCAGCUCUACCUGCUCCUGGUGGAGGUCUUCCAGAGCGACGUGUCCCGCAGGAAGUACUACUACCUCUGCAGCUACGGCCUGCCAGCCAUCAUCGUGGCCAUCUCCGCAGCCAUAGACUACCGAAGCUACGGAUACAAGAAAGCCUGUUGGUUGCGCCAGGACAACUAUUUCAUCUGGACCUUCAUUGGACCAGUCUCCCUCAUCAUCUUGUUCAACCUGGUGGUCCUGAUGGUGACCCUGCACAGGAUGACCCGACACUCCACCGUACUCAAGCCGGACUCCAACCGCUUCGACAACAUCAAGUGUUGGACGGUGAGCUCUCUGAUCCUGCUGAUACUGGUCUCCCUGACGUGGGCGUUCGGGCUGCUCUUCCUGACGCAGCACAGCGUGGUGAUGGCCUACCUCUUCACCUCCUUCAACGCCCUGCACGGACUCUUCAUCUUCAUCUUCCACUGCGCACUGCAGAAGAAGGUCCAUAAGGAGUAUAGCAAGUGUCUUCGCCACUCCCCCUGUUGCGGCCACUCCUCAAGCUCCGCCCCUCACGGCUCCCUUAAGAGCACCGCCCACCGCGGCAACAACCGUUACUAUGGCGGCAGCCAGUCACGUCACGCCCCUGCGCACAGACAGAGUCGUAUCCGGCGGAUGUGGAAUGACACGGUGAGGAGGCAGACUGAGUCUUCCUUCAUGGCUGCCGACAUGAACAACACCCCGACACUCAACAGAGGCACUAUGGGCAAUCACCUCCUGACCAAUCCCGUGCUUCAGACCCGCUCUGGUACCUCCCCUUACAACACGCUAUUGGCUGAGACCUUCAACCCUCCCUCCCCUGCCGUCUUCAACCCGCCCUCACCGGCCGUCUUCAACUCCACAGAGGGCACCCUGUCACGCAGCCGUGAGUCCUGCGGCCUGGAGGGCGUGCGCCUGAACGGCAACUACAACAACAGCUAUUCGCUGCACGGCGUGGGUGGCGGCAGCAGCGACCUAUUGGGAGCCGGCUCUGUCCAAGGGGGCGGGCCUAGUGAUCACUGCUCCACCCUGCUGACACCCAGAGGAGGAGCAGGAGCAGGAGGAGGAGGAGGAGUGGACCAUAGCAGGGGAGAGAGUGGAGGAGGGAUGAGGCGCAACCUGUCGGACGCGGCCGCCCUGGAGAAGAUGAUCAUCUCCGAGCUGGUGCACAGCAACCUGCGGCCCUCCACCGAUCGCUACGCCACAGAUCGCUAUGCCUCCGAUCGCUACGGCACCGACCGCUACGGCACCACCCACACCGGCGGCGUGGGAGUAGGAGUAGGAGUGGGAGGUUCUUCAGGAGGAGGAGGAGGUGCGGAGAUGGAGGGAGCGGUGCGACACCACCACAGCCAGGACUUCCUGUCCACCUCCACCUCCAGCACGCCCAGCACCAGCACCAGCCAACGGGAGCCCCCGCAGCGGCCUUUGCCCCGCCCUCCACCGCCGCCGCCGACCAAUGACGAGGAGGAGCUGCUCUACAAGGCCCUGGAGAAGUCCGGUGGAGGCGGUACGGGCACCGGCACCAGGCCACGCCUCCCGGACAACAAGCCCCGCCUGUUUCUGGAUCAGCAGCAGCUUCAGAAUCAACAGCCGCCGCCGCCGCAGCACACCCUCACCCAGUCGGUGUUCUACCAGAGCGAGGAGGAUUCCGAGAGCCUGUCGGCCGAGCUGACAGAGAGCGUGGGCGGCGGAGGAGGAGGCGGGAGCCGGGAUCGAGACUCCUCCUACCCCGACAGCAGCCCCGAGGGCUUGGUGGAGGUCGUCGGCAUGGGCAUAGGCUCCAGGGGCGGGGUCAACACGAUGACAGGGGGCGUGUCUGGUGGUCUGAGUGGGAGUGGCUUGCCGCCUGACGAGCUGUAUUUCAGCAGCACCACGGGAAGGCCGGCCCACAUCUCCGCCUUCUACCAACCGCCAGGGGCGUCGGCGUCAGUUACCGGGGCGACAGCGCCGCGAGGUGGCGGAAGCAGCAGAGCCGCCAAUCAGGACGGCAGCAGCACCUCCAAUCAGGCGCUAGAGCCCGCCCAUCACCACGGCAACGAGAAUGACGGACAGAUGCAGCUGGUGACGAGCCUGUGACUAGGGCGCUGGUGACCUGGACACGGAGACUGGGGAGGAGAGCGCCACCAUAGACAUAAUGACAUGGAGUGAUAUACUAUACUCUACAUAUAAUAUCUAUGGCAGUGGUGGACAGCCUGGAUUUAUUAGUCUACAAUCCAGUGCCGUAUUUUCCAAGUCACCUGGUACUAUACUAUCAAUCACAUUGUUGAAUUGGAAAGGUCAUUUGGAACAUGUGGCACUGGAUUGUAACUACGGAAUACAGAUCGCCCAUCACUUAUAUGAAGAGUUCUUUCCCAAAACAUUAUGUUCAUUUUUUGUUAUUGUGCUUCUCAGUCAAUACCAGUAAAAUCACUUUGUUUUAAUUCAACAAGGGCAAUUGCACCAAUCCACUUCCAAAUAUCCCAAUAUACUACCUUCAAGUCGAAUAGUAUAAAAAAAACAACUGACAAUCGCUUUUACCUUAAAAGGCAUUUUUAGUGUUUUGGAAAAGAGCUCUUCAUAUGUAAUAGUAUAGUAUAAUAUACUGUAUUUAUUUACGUCUAUGAACGCCAUGCCACUGCACCUACGGCUAUGCUAGAACCAUGAAGAUGAAUAGAUCAUGAUGAUGAUGAUGAUGAUGAUGACACCAAAGUUCCUGUCACAAAUGUUCACUCGUUGACAUUUUAACUCACUAUGUAGGUUGCAGGGUGCAUUGUUUUAUGACCCUAACAUACAGCAGUUUGUGAGAUAUUUGAUGAACGAGAGAUCAUUUGGGACAUGGCCAAUUAAUUUAUUAGCAUCUUCAUAGUUCUAACUCAGAAGAGAAUGACCAUGACAAUGACAACACACAAUGUUGAUGAUGAUGAUGAUGAUGAUGAUGAUGAUGAUGACGAUGGCAUUGAUAAUGGUAAUGAUGAUGAUAAGUAUGAUGAUGAUGAUGUCGUUAGUCUAUAAACUAACUGAGUCUGUUGAGUCUGUUGAGUCACUGUUAUGGUCAUUCCUCUCAUAAUGGCGUAGGCAAGGCAACUUUGGCUGACUGCGUCCUAUCAUUGUCAUAGCGAGUCACCGCCCCCCCCACACCCCACCUUACCUCUCCUCCUAGGGCUGGUACCCCAAUCACCCGAGACGAGAGGAUGAGGAUGAUGGUUUAGGGAUGACAAUGAUGAAGAUGCUGGUGCCGUAUUGCCAUGGCGCUCUCCUCCCUGCCUCUAUCUCCCGGUCGCCGACACUCCCACCCAGCUCAUUCCACUGCCCAUCAUCAUCACCCAAACAUU